GAUCAGAGAGGCCAGAAGGAUUCUAGCAGGUCCCUCUGCCUUUGCACUCGUCCUCAGCACCAGCCUCCACUCAGACCCCACCAUGUCCUGCCGCUCCUACAGGAUCAGCCCGGGCUUCGGGGUGACCAGGACCUUCAGCUCCUGCUCUGCUGUGGCCCCCAAAACUGGCAACCGCUGCUGCAUCAGCGCUGCUCCCUACCGAGGGGCGUCCUGCUACCGAGGCAUCACUGGCUUUGGUAGCCGCAGCCUCUCCAACCUAGGGUCCUGUGGGCCCCGCAUGGCUGUCGGAGGCUUCCGUGCUGGCUCCUGUGGCCGCAGCUUUGGAUACCGUUCAGGGGGCGUGUGUGGACCCAGCCCUCCCUGCAUCACCUCCGUGUCGGUCAACGAGAGCCUCCUCACACCCCUCAACCUGGAGAUCGACCCCAACGCCCAGUGCGUGAAGCAGGAGGAGAAGGAACAGAUCAAAUGUCUCAACAGCAAGUUCGCUGCCUUCAUCGACAAGGUGCGCUUCCUGGAGCAGCAGAACAAGCUGCUGGAGACCAAGUGGCAGUUCUACCAGAACCGCCAGUGCUGUGAGAGCAACCUGGAGCCGCUGUUCAGUGGCUACAUCGAGACGCUGAGGCGGGAGGCCGAGUGUGUGGAGGCUGACAGCGGGAGGCUGGCCGCGGAGCUCAACCACGUGCAGGAGGUGCUGGAGGGCUACAAGAAGAAGUACGAAGAGGAGGUAGCACUGAGAUCCACAGCCGAGAACGAGUUUGUGAUUCUGAAGAAGGACGUGGACUGUGCCUACCUGCGCAAGUCGGAUCUGGAGGCCAAUGUGGAGGCCCUCGUGGAGGAGUCGAGCUUCCUGAAGCGCCUCUAUGAUGAGGAAAUUCGUGUGCUCCAUGCCCACAUCUCAGACACCUCAGUUAUCGUCAAGAUGGACAACAGCCGGGACCUGAACAUGGACUGCGUCGUGGCUGAGAUCAAGGCUCAGUACGACGAUGUCGCCAGCCGCAGCCGAGCUGAGGCUGAGAGCUGGUACCGCAGCAAGUGUGAGGAGAUGAAGGCCACGGUCAUCAGGCAUGGGGAGACCCUGCGGCGCACCAAGGAGGAGAUCAAUGAGCUGAACCGCAUGAUCCAGAGGCUGACGGCCGAGGUGGAGAACGCCAAGUGCCAGCGAGCCAAGCUGGAGACCGCUUUGGCCGAGACUGAGCAGCAGGGUGAGGCCGCCCUGGCCGAUGCCCGCUGCAAGCUGGCAGGGCUAGAGGAGGCCCUGCAGAAGGCCAAGCAGGACAUGGCCUGCCUGCUCAAGGAGUACCAGGAGGUGAUGAACUCCAAGCUGGGCCUGGACAUCGAGAUCGCCACCUACCGGCGCCUGCUGGAAGGAGAGGAACACAGGCUGUGUGAAGGUGUGGGCUCCGUGAAUGUCUGUGUCAGCAGCUCUCGAGGAGGAGUCAGCUGUGGGGGUCUCACGUACAGCAGCACCCCGGGGCGCCAGAUCACCUCUGGCCCCAUGGCCACCGGGGGCAGCAUCACAGUGAUGGCCCCCGACUCCUGUGCCCCCUACCAGGCCUGCUCCUCCAGCUUCAGCUGCGGAAGCAGCCGGUCAGUCCGCUUUGCAUAGAGUCAGGGUUGGGCCUGCGUCCACCUGGGAGUAAAUGGUGUAUGAAUGGAAAAUGU